AUGGUCCCCUCGUUCAACCUGUCAUAUGCACACAGACACAAAGCUGCUGGGUUGUUAGAGAAGCUGGCUUGGCAGGCUAGAGAGUUACAGUCAACUCCAGGAAACAGUCAAACAAAUGUGGAACAUCCACCAAUAGUCAACUCCAGGAAACAGUCAAACAAAUGUGGAACAUCCACCAAUAGUCAACUCCAGGAAAACAGUCAAACAAAUGUGGAACAUCCACCAAUAGUCAACUCCAGGAAACAGUCAAACAAAUGUGGAACAUCCACCAAUAGUCAACUCCAGGAAACAGUCAAACAAAUGUGGAACAUCCACCAACAGUCAACUCCAGGAAACAGUCAAACAAAUGUGGAACAUCCACCAAUAGUCAACUCCAGGAAACAGUCAAACAAAUGUGGAACGUCCACCAAUAGUCAACUCCAGGAAACAGUCAAACAAAUGUGGAACAUCCACCAACAGUCAACUCCAGGAAACAGUCAAACAAAUGUGGAACAUCCACCAACAGUCAACUCCAGGAAACAGUCAAACAAAUGUGGAACAUCCACCAAUAGUCAACUCCAGGAAAACAGUCAAACAAAUGUGGAACAUCCACCAACAGUCAACUCCAGGAAACAGUCAAACAAAUGUGGAACAUCCACCAACAGUCAACUCCAGGAAAACAGUCAAACAAAUGUGGAACAUCCACCAACAGUCAACUCCAGGGAACAGUCAAACAAAUGUGGAACAUCCACCAACAGUCAACUCCAGGAAAACAGUCAAACAAAUGUGGAACAUCCACCAAUAGUCAACUCCAGGAAAACAGUCAAACAAAUGUGGAACAUCCACCAACAGUCAACUCCAGGAAAACAGUCAAACAAAUGUGGAACAUCCACCAACAGUCAACUCCAGGAAAACAGUCAAACAAAUGUGGAACAUCCACCAACAGUCAACUCCAGGGAACAGUCAAACAAAUGUGGUACAUCCACCAACAGUCAUCUCCAGGAAAACAGUCAAACAAAUGUGGAACAUCCACCAAUAGUCAACUCCAGGAAACAGUAA